AUGGUCGUCCUGGGAGCGCGUAACGGAACGUUCGGUGGCGGAAACAUGAGGUCGUUUAUGAUCGAGGAGCGCGCGGGCGGCGGGGACCACGCGGGCUCCAACAGGAUCAUCUCGGAGGUGCUCGCGCCGCGGCUGCUGAAGAUCGCGCAGGACGCGGCGGAAGCGGCGGCCGCGGCCACCGCUCCGGCCACGUACAGUCCGCCGCUCGUCAUGGAGAGCAACGGCACGCGCUGUGGAGAGCAGAUCCUGAGCUACGGCCGCGUGGAGAAGGUCCUGAUCGGGGGAGUGCUCAUGAUGCUCACGCUGUCCACCAUCUGCGGGAACCUGCUCGUGGUCAUCUCCGUGUGCUUCGUGAAGAAGCUGCGCCAGCCCUCCAACUACCUGAUCGUGUCUCUGGCUCUGGCCGACCUCUCCGUGGCGCUCGCGGUCAUGCCCUUCGUGUCCAUCACGGACCUGAUCGGAGGACAGUGGGUGUUCGGACAGUUCUUCUGUAACGUCUUCAUCGCCAUGGACGUGAUGUGCUGCACCGCGUCCAUCAUGACGCUGUGCGUAAUCAGCAUCGACAGGUACCUGGGCAUCACCAAACCCCUGACGUACCCGGUGCGUCAGAACGGCUGCUGCAUGGCCAAGAUGAUCCUGUCGGUGUGGCUCCUGUCGGCGUCCAUCACCCUGCCGCCCCUGUUCGGCUGGGCGCAGAACGUGAACGACGGUCGCGUCUGCCUCAUCAGCCAGGACUUCGGCUACACCGUCUACUCCACCGCCGUCGCCUUCUACAUCCCCAUGUCCGUCAUGCUCAUCAUGUACUACCGGAUCUACCGCGCCGCCAAGCUCAGCGCCGCCAAACACACCAUCACCGGCUUCCCCAGGGACGGAGACUCCGCCACCUCCCGCGGCGCCAAAACCGAGUCCGGGGACACCGCCAGCGUCGAGGGGACCGAGGCGGAGCGCGACGACGAGGGGGACGCGGAGGACGAAGAGGAGGAGAGCUUGGACUGCGUGUCGGCGGCGUUGAAACUCCAGCGGGAAGUCGAGGAAGAAUGCACGAACCGAGUGUCGCGACUCCUGAAGAGCGGGGAGCACCACCAGCGGCGCAAACGGAAGAACCAGUCCAUCUUCAAGCGCGAGCAGAAAGCGGCCGCCACGCUGGGCAUCGUGGUGGGGGCGUUCACGUUCUGCUGGCUGCCGUUCUUCAUCGUGUCGACGGCGCGGCCCUUCGUGUGCGGCGUGGAGUGCAGCUGCGUGCCCCUGUGGCUGGAGAGGACCCUGCUCUGGUUGGGAUACGCCAACUCGCUCAUCAACCCGUUCAUCUACGCCUUCUUCAACCGCGACCUGAGGACCACCUACAGUAACCUCCUCAGGUGCCGGUACAGGAACAUCAACCGGAAACUGUCGGCGGCCGGAAUGCACGAGGCGCUCAAACUCGUGGAGAAACCCGAGUCUGAGGUGUAG